UGAGCAGCCCAAUAGUGUGGCCUGGCCAAAAGACCCCGCCUAAUCAACUGCCUGCCACGAGGGGGCCGCUCCCCUCUCGGAUUGGUACCCGUUUUCCCACGAUUGUUGGGGUACGGGCUGAAGUUUCCUCCAGUCGUAGAUAAAAGAGCACUUGCGAAACAGAAAAGUCCCCCUGUGCAAACUUGCACAUCGCGACACGCCCCCCUCCGCUUGCCUUUCUGGCUCCUUUUUAGAACUAGCACGAGGAUUUCCCUAUCGCCCAGUCCAGUCUGUCUCUGCAUUCCUGCCGCAAGGGGGACCUUCCUUCCCAGUUCCGGGAUGUAGUUCCGUCUGUUUGCACAGCAAAAUGCUUUCUAUGCAAUUAUCUGGCCGCGCUUGGGGACCGUUUGAUGUGGGAUGUGUGGUAGUGGAUCCGCUGCUUUUGAGUGUUGUGCUUGGUUCUUGAUGUAUCCUUUCCGACCCUGCUUAUUUUGAUGGUAAAGAUGCCAUUCUUGUUUUGGGAUCUGAUCCGGCAGCCUUGCUAGUGUUUGUGUUUCUGAGAUUCUAGCAUUGGGCGGCGGGGAGUCUGAGUGACACACUGAAAAACGCACCAGUGCAACAUUAUUCAUCGGUGGUUGAAGGGAUGAGGAAGACAAGCUUACGUGUUUCUCUGAAAGUAAACUGCCCAUCUUGAGUGUGUCUGAACAGGUAAAACGAGUGUCUCCCAAGUUGAAGUUUGGCCAAGGGAGUUGCAAGCGACUAUCUUCUUGAAGUACCAUGUCCACAGAUGCUGAUCCCUCAACCUUAGUGAAAGUGCUCCACUUGGUUUUCCUUUCAACUUUCUGGGGAAUGCAGAUUUGGGUGACUUUUAUAGCCAGUUUUGUGAUGGGCAACAAUCUCUCACAACAUACAUUCGGAUUCAUUCAGAGUUGCCUCUUCCCUUAUUACUUCCACAUUGGCUCAGCUUGUGCUUUCAUCAACCUGACCAUAUUUGCCAUGUGUCACCCCAGCGAACUCCUCAAUGAGGAAGAAACCAUGCAGAUUACAGUCUUCUUCAUUUGUGUCAUAGUUGCUGCUCUAAACGCUCAGUGGUUUGGGCAAGUGACUUCAGAUAUUAUGGCCGAAAUGCACCUGAUUGAGCAAAGCUAUGGCUUGGGAGAGGAUGCUGGGUGGUUCCCGCAUAAGUCCUUUAUGCGGCUGCGUCAACUGGAUUCUCAUUACAGGGAGCUGACAAGCAGACUGAGCAUCUAUCAUGGUUUCUCUUCCCUCUGCAACCUGUGCUGCAUCGCAUGCAAUGGCUUGAGCCUCUACUAUAUGGCUGCUCACCUUUCAACAUUAUAAGCAAAUGGGUAAAUAACUUGCAUGGGCAUGAUUGUGAAAAGAUGGACUGCAAAUGGCAGAAGCCAGGGCCUGGGUUGCUGUAGAGUGCUCCUCCAAGCAGGAUUCACAGGUGCUUGGAUCACCCUGUUCUGAGUACAGCAUGCUAUAAAUUAUCUAGCCAUCAUUGAGUUGGCAGCCCAUGCACUAAUCAACCUUUCAUAGAACACUGGACUCCUUGUUGA